UACCUUACAAACCUGGCAACCUUGACUAUGCGCUGGAUACAGCAGACAGUAUGGCGGACAGCGAAAGCGAUUUGGAAACAGACAGGCUUGAAUUAGCUCUGGACACGUUGUGUGAAAGACACUGCAGCGACCAGUCGUCUCUAAAGAGCAAAGACUAUUGCUCUGAGUUUUGUGAGUUGGUCGAGGAGUACACGGGGCAAUGGCAAGUUCCUCUCCCUCAGCUGAAGGUGCUGCGGACUGCACUCUGCCGUUUCACCAAAGCCUCUGCUGCCUUCCCCGAUGACUGUCAGCACACCCACUAUGUUCUCAGCAGCAUGGCCCUGAGCUUUUUUGAACUGAUGCUGUUCUUCAGCAAAGAAGAAUUUGUGGAAGAGCCUUUAAAAGACAUCCUUGAUUCCUUUCAGGGGUGCCACUCUCAGCUCUUGAGGCACAGGAACAACUACCUUCAGCGUGUGAAGCUGAUCAUCAAAGCGGGCGGCCCAUGGGAGAACCCAGUGCUGCAAGGAAUCCUGAAGGAGGCCGACUUGCCACCGAAAGAGGUCGAGGACUACUUAAGCUCAGAGUUGCCAGUAUUCUUUGAGCUGCGGAUUCGCUAUCUGCAGGCCUGCGAACGAAUGCAAGAGGCCAUGUCCCUUUCUAAAAGCUGCCUGGAAAAUCGCGAGGCUGGAAAGCAUCUGUACUUCCAUCAGGCCUACCUGACCUGCCUCUACAAGGCCUCGCUGCACGAACACCUUCACAAGGAGAUGGCAGAGAUAGAUGGCCGUGAUGCGGUGGAGAUCAUCUGCAACACAGAGAGGGUUGAAAAAGAUGAUCUUCUGCUGUCGCUGUGUAAAGCUUUUCUUACCCAGCAGCUACACAAUGGAGACAUGUACUACAUCUGGGACCUGGUGUUCAUCUGGAGCAGGUUGCACCUCAGGGCCCAUCUCUCCAGACAUGGCUUCCUGGCCGAGUGCUUGCAGUUGGCUUCUUCCGCUACUAACGUCAGAGCCAUCUUCCCCUUCAUCAAACUGGUCACCACAGAGCUGGGAGUUGAAGGCGUCCACGUCUGUGUGGAGCUUUGUGCCAGGGCCUUGCAGCUUGGUGACAUGCAGGCUGACGGUGUAACCCGGUCCCUUGUCUGCAAGACCAUCGCCUUCCUGCUACCUCAUGACCUGGAGAUCUGUCGAGCGUGUGCACUGCUGGUCUUCUGCCAGGAACGCAGCCUGGAAGCUUACCAAACUGUGUGCCUGCUUUACAAUCAUCCUGACCAGGAGCCGCAUCCCCACAACAGCCCUGUCGUCACCAGCGUGCGCUUCCGUAUUCUGCAGAUACUCAAGGCGCGCCUGUGUUUUGACCCAGAGUUUUGGAACCUCCUGACCCUCAGGACUCAUUGCUUGGAGUUGAUGAGUGACAAGGUCAUGAAGGCUGCUGUUCUCAGUGAGAUGAAGGAGGAAGAGGAGAAGGAAUACAGCGAAGAGCUGUUAGUAAAUAAGUGUGACUCCUGCACUCCAGGUUUGAAUUCCUGUCAGUGCGCUGAGGAGGCUGUGAACCGAGACCUCCCAGAGGAGCAGACUGUGGCUGCAGAGACAGAGAGGUGUGUUGCCCCAUCAAACAACGCUCUUCUGAAGAGGAGGAAAUGGAGGAAAAGGCUUCGUAGGAGAAACCAAUCUGUGUCUGACGAUGAGGCCGACGUUGGUGACGAUCCAGAGAUCAAAUACAAUCUCAAAUCCACCUCUGUAGGCAAUAAGCCUGUGUAUUCACUAAGACGCAAUCACACUAACAGGGAAAAUUCAGCUUCUGUAAAAGCCCCUCUAAACCCCAAGAGAGAAUACUUGUCUAGAUGUGUGAAGAGCCAAAUUUUGAAAAGGAAGGGUCGGAAAAAAAGAUGGUUGCAGGGUCUUCCGAGGCUGGAGCAGGUGCAGACGGUUAAAGAGAAGAAGGUCGAAGUUCAAGAGACGGUCAAAGUUAUAGGGAAAAAGCGGGGACGGAAGCCUUUACAGAAGCUGGAACUCUCCUUCCCUGAUAAUGAAAUAUCUCGGACAGAGGAGGAGUCUGGUUUUGAGGAGAUAACUGACCCAAAAGACAAAGAGCUGGAUAUGCCUCACCUGGAGAAUGAACUUGAACUCACGAGUGAACAGAAAGAGAAUGAAUUUCAGCAGAUGGAUGAUCUUGAGAGGGAAAAUGCACUUGAGAAACAUCCUGACUUGGUCUGUGGUAGCAGUAUCAAUGAACAAACCCAUAAGGAACCUCAAACACAGUUCUGUGACGUUCUUCGUGGUGAGCCUCAAGCUGCUGCUCCUGCUGUUGAAGCUGAUCCUGCGCUUGAUGGUCCACCCUUAGAGUUAUUGGAUUGUCCAAUAGAAUUUUUACACAGCUACUCUCUUAAACCCAGAAAGCCUGAUGGUGAGAAAUCGCAACCUCCAGAGUCCUCAGCACCAGGUGAAGUUAAUGGCGACACAGAACAGGAGCCGCAACCCGGAGUGGAAACAGAAGUGCGUCCCAAUGAGGUGAAAGCCAAGAGAACGUGGAAGGACAGAAUGCUCCGUACUCAACAAUAUGCCCACUUGAUAUACCACUGCAACUUCUGCCGCAAAGACUAUAAAGGCUUGAAUGUUAUGAGGCACGCUCUCUCACACCUUAAGAGUAGGAAACUUAAAUGUAUACUCUGUGGAAAGCGCUUUAAACAGCUCACCUUUGCCAAAAAGCACGUCAUGGACCACAUUGAUGAAAUGUGCAAGCAGAAACCCCCUGAUAAGGACACAUGCACUGACACUCCAACUGCUAAUGGUAUAACGGAUAAUAUGGAAAAUCUGCCUCAGCAUAAAAACCACACUUUCAUUUCCAAUGAGGAGACUUCUGAACAGAAACCCGGAGCCAAAAGUAAAGUGUCGAGCCUCAAGAGGGAAGAUCGAAUCAUCAGGAACCUCCGCACCCUCAUCAAGAAGACAUCUGUGCUUCACAAGAAGUGCAAGAACCCUAACUCCAAUAUAUUCAAGCAGGUAGACUUCAAGGAUGAGCAUGUGGUCAUUAAAGAUGGCCUGGUGAUCGUAAAGCAUCCAUCUGUGAUGGUGAAGCUGGCGGAAGGAGAAGGGGGGGCGAAGCCAGCAGGAGAAAAUGGCUAUGGUGUUGACCUCACGUACCACUUGUGCCCCUCAGAGUCCUGUGAUAGAGUAUUCUUGAGGAUCAGCACCACACUAACUAAGCAUGCCAUCAAAUGCCAUAUUGGCGAAGAGAGGGUGCUGGAGAAGACUUUUGUGUGGGCCAAACACAAGUGCACCCUUUGCCUCAGGCAGAUACAGUUUCUCCAGCAUUAUAAGGACCACAUGAAGCUCCACGAUACUGCUCUCCAGCACUUCUGCUACCACCAAGAGUGUAACCAGCGCUUCCCGACACAGCAGGAAUUAAAGGACCAUGUCAAUACUCACCAUACCUACAGACCUCAAUGUCCAUUCACAGACUGUGAGAAGCUAUUCUCAAGCCUUCAAGGGCUCUAUGACCAUGAAUGGAGACACUACAUUCCAGCGCCUCAAAAAGAGGAUCUAGAGUUGGGACUCGGCAGACAGAAGCCGCAAAAUGCCGAAGCUCCGUGGAAGCAGAGAGUGAAAGUGGAGGAGAUCUGGCUGCAGAGUAAAAAGGUGCAGAGGGAGAGUCUGGCUCUUGAUCAUGUUGAGGCCUCAAAUCUUCAGGAUUUCAGAGAAAUUAAAUCUGAACAUCAGCCUUUUGAAAUAAGUGUCCCAGACGGUAAUCAGCCUGAUAAUUGUUCAGAGAACACGGUCAAGCGUGAGCCCACGGACGACGGCAAGGCCGCCAUGAAUGGACAUGAGGAUGAGACGAGAAACCAAGUGUCGGAGGAAAAUAUCUCCACUUCCAACACUGGUGCUGCUGCAGCGACUCCAAAGAAGAGCUGUCGAAAAAGAACACCGGCCGAGUGGGAUCCCUUGAAUGUCAAAGACAUUGAGGAUUUGUCCACGUUGUCUGAGGGAGUCCAGCGGCCACUGGGAGAGCCACACAUCACUGAGCACAAAACCUUCAAACCUGAAGAUCCCGUGUAUGCGACAUUUGUCAAAGCCCCCUUCGUCCGGCCGCCACCCUCCACCUACCUGGAUGAAGCUCGGCUCUCGAUGCGCAAGAGGAGGACCCCUGAUGUCGUUGCUCCAAAGAAAAAUACUUACUGGAGCAAUAAGAAAAAGAAGGAGGCUUGCCAAGAAGAGCAGAAGCAGGAGGAUAAUGUGCCGUCAGUGCAGAAGAUCAGGCAUCGCUGUGACAAAUGUCUUUCCUCUUUCAGCAGCGUGGAAGAAUUACAGAAACACCAAGUGCUGAACACCUGCUCGGCACUCUUUGGCUUCGAUUCAGACGAUGAAAGUUAGUGGUGAGUGAAGAGGAGCUGUAACCAGGGUGACUACCAUACUCUGCCACCUGGCUCAGGGCAUUCAUAAAGGAACCCUUUCCUAAUAUUCAGUUUGAUACUUGUUUAAUUCCUGAAUACCAGUUUUGUAGAGAAAGAUGUGCCAAAAUUGUUAAUUGGAGGAUUUUGAUAAAACCUUUUUUGAAGCAAUAAUUUUGACGGCUCAAACUAGUUUUUGAACAAAUAGUUUUUCCUGAAAACAUCAUCAGUGUGCGCUUUGUCAAAAACAAAUCUGUGAUGCAUGUACAUAUAUAUAUUCAUUUGUCUUUUCAAACAACAUUGGUUAUAAAAACACAUGUUGUGUCUUCAGCAAAUCUAAAAGUAAACUGACAAACCAAAUAUGUCCCAGGACAGCCUCCCAGAAUAAGCAAUCACAAUAGUUGUCCUUGUACAAAUACUCUUAUGUCCUGCCUUAAAAAAAAAAAACUUGUAAUCACAGUAUUCCUAUUUUAAAUGAUUCAAUGUUCCUUUGCUGGACUCACCAUACAGUGUAACUGAAAGUUAUUUAUGUUUCCUUUCAGUUUGUCCUGUUGACACUAUGUAGCACAUGUGCAUGUGGGUCAUAUAUUGAAGCCUUUAACAGUCAGCUAAAGUAAGCCUGAAUGUAGGUCAUUUUAAAAAACUUUUACAAUUAAUUGACAUUUCAUUUAAAAUAACUUUUUUCUUUUUGGAUCAUGUGAAUCUAAAUAAAUGUGCAUGUAUUUUAAGCCUCUGAUUUUAACAAAGAUAAUAGAUAAAGGUUCCCCUCUACAGACAAUAAUUACAUUUAACCUGUAAUCUGUUAAGAAUCUAUCUUUGAUUUUGUUUUUCUCCUCAUGCUUGGCGGCACAGGGACUUCUGGCUUUCCCACCUGUGUUAUGUUGUCCUUCGAGUAUGGAGUUACAUGCAUUAUGUCAUAAGCAGUGUUUGCAACUGUAUAAAAUAUUGUCAAAAAAACACAUUCAUUGUUGGAAAGAUGAGCUGUGUGUGUGUGUGUGUUCACUCGGUGUGUUCACUCGGUGUUAAGCAUGAUUGUUUAAUUAUUGUAGUCUUCCAAAUGAGUCAUGCACAACUCUGAGCUUUGGUCUCUGGGUGUGUAAAUAGUCUCACUAGAAGUGACUAACGGUGGAUAUGUGGUGGUUCUACAUCUCUCUGCUGUUAAUGUAUUUUAAUUCUACAUAAAUCCUCUGAACCCUCGUCACAAACGGUAACAGGAUGUUUUUUCAGCCUAAUUUGUUUGGACUACUGACUAGUCCUCGGGUCAUCUGGCAACAUGAAUCACUUACUCAUUAAAAUUAUUCACAAUUGUAUUAGUGCCAAGAUUGAAUCAGUGUUUGACUUUAGGAAAGAACCAUUAAAAUCAGGAAUAGUUUGUUUGCUUUGAAUUUCAAAUGUUCAGAUUAACUCGUCUGUUAUGUAUAUACUUUUGUGAUGGUUGAUCUGUAUAAUAACUUUUUAUUAAUGUAAGGUUUUUUUAUGAGACUGCACUCCUGCUUAUUUAUAUGUACAAAUGUUAAUAUUUUGGAUUUGUAAAAGUAUUGACGAUUCACCAUCUAUUUUUUGUAAAGAAAAUGAUUUAAUUUGUUUGAAUAAACGAAUGAAACUAAA